AUGAAGAGCGGAGUGAUGAAGAUGAGGAAGAGGCUGGUUUGCCUGGCAAUGCUGUGGCUCGUCUGUACGGGGAGGUUGUCGGACAAACUGUUGGGAUCUAACGCCUGUUUGGUAAAUGGGACAACGCGUUUCUUCCUCUGUUUGGGAAGUAAGGUUCACCAGCUGCCUUCAGAUAUACCGAAAAACACCACCAACGUGAAGAUAAGACUGACUCAACUCAGUGUGCUCCCAGGAGCAGCCUUUUCCGGAUUACAUGAGCUGAAGAGAAUAAUAUUGUCCGAAAAUGGCGCCCUUGAGUGUAUUGGAGCGUUUGCUUUCGCUAACCUGACAUCACUUGAAGAGAUAAUAAUAACUAAAUCAAAACAUCUUGUCAGUAUUUCCAAGGAUGCCUUCUGGAAUCUACCCAAACUAAAAUAUCUGACCAUUUCAAACACUGGACUCAAAUUCUUGCCUAACUUCUCAAAGAUACACUCGACUGCCCAGGGAUUUUUGUUUGAUCUACAGGACAACAUGCAUAUAGAAGUGAUAGCGAGAAAUGCUUUCCUCGGAUUGUCCAGAGACACUAUAAAAGAGCUGAGGUUAACAAAAAAUGGAAUUGUCGAGGUGGAAAGUUAUGCAUUUAAUGGCACAAAAAUAGAAAAACUAUUUCUCAUGGGAAACCAGCAGCUGAGUCGUAUCCACAGUUCUGCCUUCAUAGGAGCUGAAGGUCCAGUUGUUCUAGACAUCUCUCGCACGGCUGUCAGCGCUCUCCCGGAGAGUAUGCUGAGGAAUCUCAAACUCCUGACCGCCACCUCGGUGUACAGUCUGAGACGACUGCCCAACCUGGAGCUUUUCACAGAGCUCAUCCAGGCUAACCUGACUUAUCCCAGCCACUGCUGUGCCUUCAAGAACUUCAAGAAGAAGACGUCCAAGAGGAACCGUUUUUGCGAUGACUACGUCUUGCACAACGAGCCGGACUUUUACCGAGACCACUGUAAAGACGUGACGGAGGUGUCCUGCUACCCUAAACCGGAUGCUUUCAACCCUUGCGAGGACAUCAUGGGGUUCACCUUCCUUCGCGUUCUGAUCUGGCUCAUAAGCGUCCUCGCCAUCGUGGGGAACCUGGCGGUUCUGCUGGUUCUCUUGACCAGCCGCUACAAGCUCACCGUUCCCCGGUUCCUCAUGUGUCACCUUGCCUUCGCUGACCUCUGCAUGGGUGUGUACCUGCUGCUCAUCGCCGCCGUGGACAUUCACACCCAGUCCCGUUACUAUAACUACGGCAUCGACUGGCAGACCGGGCCCGGGUGCUGCGUGGCGGGGUUCUUCACCGUCUUCUCCAGCGAGCUGUCGGUCUACACGCUGACGGCCAUCACCCUGGAACGUUGGCACACCAUCACGUACGCCAUGCAGCUGGAACGCAAGCUGCGACUACGCCACGCCUGCGCCAUCAUGGCAGGGGGUUGGAUCUUCGCCCUCCUCACGGCCUCGUUACCCAUGCUGGGCAUCAGUAGCUACAUGAAGGUGAGUAUCUGCCUGCCCAUGGAUGUGGAGACGGCGCUGUCUCAGGUUUAUGUGGUCCUGCUGCUGCUUCUUAACGUGGCAGCUUUCCUGGCGGUGUGCGUGUGCUACUUCCACAUCUACCUGACGGUGCGGAACCCGGCUUUCGUUCCCGCCAACGCCGACAUGCGCAUCGCCAAGCGGAUGGCCGUGCUCAUCUUCACCGACUUCCUGUGCAUGGCGCCAAUCUCGUUUUUCGCCAUUUCGGCGGCGCUCAAACUCCCUCUGAUCACCGUCUCGGACUCCAAAGUCCUCCUGGUGCUUUUCUAUCCCAUCAACUCCUGUUCCAACCCUUUCCUCUAUGCCUUCUUCACCAAGACUUUCAAGAGGGACUUCUUCAUGCUGACCAGCCGCUUUGGAUGCUUCAAGACCCAAGCUCACAUCUACCGCACCGAAACCUCCUCCUUGCAGAACGGGUUUUGGGCCUCCUCUCCAAAGACCAGCAACGGGACACUUUAUUCACUGGUGCAAAUUAGGCACCCGCACUGA